CAGCCCCGCGCUGUCCCCGCGUCCCCGUGCCCUAUCUCUCCAGCAUCCCUGUUCCUGUGCUCCGCCGCGCCUGCCUCCCAGCCUGCGGAGAGAGCAGCCGGAGGCGUUUGUAAGGGGAAAAUCCAUCUUGCUGCUGCUGCCGCUGCCCCUCUCCAGGAGGGUUUGGCUCUAAGGGCACAGACCGGGGCCCACGCGAGGUUGGGAGCAGUGGUUUCACCUGCAGAACCAGGCCAGGCUGUUUGCAAAAGCGCAUCUGUCGCAUUCCCAUGAGGGUAAUUACAUCCUCUUGAGGGACCGGAUUCUCUUGCAUCACUUUGCAGACAGACCCCGAUUCCUGCUGCUGCCAUCAGCUGGAGUUUUAGCCUUGGUUUCAUGGGCAGAGCUGGACAAAGCACUGCUCACCUACACGGGUUCCCCGCUGAAGGGCGAGACAUGCAGUAGGAGCCAGCGCUUCCCACCAGUGACGCUCGGUCGUGCCGCACAGCCCAGGGCGCCGCGGGAGGGACGGGACAUGCGCCGCGUCGGCUGCCUCCUCUCAGGACUCCUCUUCAUCCUCAGCGUGACCGGCACAAGCAGCUUUGCCCGGGCUGGCCGCAGGGUCUGCGCCGCGGGGCCGCGGAGCCGGGCGGCCGCCUACGCCGAGUCCCACGUCGAGCCCGUCUACCAGCCCUACCUCACCACCUGCCAGGGCCACCGCCUCUGCAGCACCUACAGGACCAUCUACAGGGUUGCCUACCGGCAGGCGUACAGGCAGCUGCCCCAGCCCGCGGCCUCGUGCUGUCCCGGCUGGAGCAGAGCUAACGGCCACACGCUCAGCUGUAACAGAGCUCUCUGCUGGGUGCCGUGCCAGAACGGCGGGACCUGUGCCUUCCCUGGCAGAUGUGCCUGCCCACCUGGCUGGACGGGGCCAGCCUGCCAGACAGACGUGGAUGAGUGUGCCGGCCGGAGCCACGGCUGCGGUCAGCUCUGCAUCAACACAGCCGGGAGCUACCGCUGCGCCUGCCAGGACGGCUUCAGCCUCGCUGCCGACGACAAAGCGUGCCAGCCCCUGGUGCCAGCGCCCGAGCCUGAAACCUUCAGCCAAGCAGGUCCCCCCAGUGAAAUGAAGGAAGAAAUGAAAGACCUGAAGAGCCGAGUGGAAGCGCUGGAGCAGAAACUCCAGUUGGUGCUGGCCCCCUUCCACAACCUCAUGCCAUCUGCGCCGGAGGACGUCGGCGCAGACCCCAUCAGCCGGCUGUCCCACUCCCUCCAGCAACUGGACAGAAUCGACUCCCUGAGCGAGCAGAUCUCUUUCCUUGAGGAGCGGCUGGAGACGUGUUCCUGCAAGAAUGAACUUUAGCCGAGCAAGCGAGGAAUUGGAGCAAGCUGAGUGCAUCUGCAGCUCUUAUCUCACUCUCCAGCCCCAGGCUGGGGACGAAGUCGCAUCAUCUACAGGAAGGCACAGGGGAGCAAGAGAAGGCUGGCUCCCCAUCAGCAUCUCCAUCAUUUUCUCUUCCAACUCACCAAAGGUCAAGCAGUUACUGCCAAACUGGACUCUGAGCCCUCAGCAUCUCACCCCCUUCCUGCUGGAGAGGCAGAAAAUAAAUGCCUUACCUCAUGCCA